CAUUUAAACAGCUGGUGGGGCUCCAAGCCAUAUCUUCAGCAAUGAACCCAAAAGCCCUCCUCGUUCUUCUUGUACUUGCUUUGAUUACAAUUUUUGCCUUGGUGUGUGUGUUGGUGACCAGGAGGGAGAAGUCUACUCAUUGUGGUGCCAAGUCACAAGCUUCCUCGGAUGGUAGACACAAGAACAAGAGUAUGAUAUUUGCUGCCCUGUCAGCAGAAGAGAUGGUGCAGGUGAAGAAAUAUCUGCAGUCCAGCCUAAGGUUGCCCUUGGUAGAUGCUCAUCAUGCUCUUUUUUCCAAUAAUUUUAUUUAUUAUGUUGAUGUCAAUCUCCCCCGCAAAGAAGUGGUGCUGAAAUUCCUUGAUCAUGGUGGACCAUGGCCUCCUCGACAAGCUUUGGCUGUGGUGUACUUUGGAAAUCAACCAGAACCAAAUAUCACUGAGUACAUUGUAGGGCCACUGCCAGUGCCAACGUAUCAUCGGGAUGUGACAGUGCAAAAGUAUGGAAGGAAAUUAUCCUAUCAUGGCAGACCGCUGUUACUUAGUGAAUUUGUGGAGAUUCGGAGAUUCCUCGUGGAGAAGAAAUUUCUUGAGGCACCCACUUUUCUGACUCAAGUAUUUGGACAUAAUGGAAACAAUUUUGAAGGUAUCAUUGCGGAGCCUGGGGGCGUUCAGUCUGGAGAUCGCUGUUCCUGGGUUACCUUGUUUUCAAAUGUAAGAGGCUUUUUCUUGCAUCCAUUGGGACUAGAGGUGCUUGUUAACCACAGCAGUCUGAAUAUCUCUCACUGGGAAGUGCCAAAAGUAUUCUAUAAUGGCCAAUAUUAUAACAGUUUGGCAGAGCUGGAAAAAGAAUUCAAAGCAAAGCGGGUGAUUAUAGCAAAAGUUAAGCUGGUUUCUUCUGAUGGGGGCUUUUCUUCACUUCAUCCAAGGACACCCCCUGUAAGACCUGGACCCUUCCAUCAUGAGCCUUUUGAGCCACGCUACAAUGUGAGAAACAAUCAAAUAACCUCCCCAACCUGGAGUUUUGUCUUUCGGAUGGACGUGCACAGGGGACUCCAUGUCUAUGAUAUCCGAUUUAAGGAUGAAAGAAUUGUUUAUGAGCUGGCUGUGCAGGAUGCCAUAUCUAUCUAUGGCUCCAAUAAUCCUGGUGGAAUGUUAACCCGAUAUAUGGAUACAAGUUUUGGAAUGGGAAGGUUCUCAUUUUCAUUAGUCCGUGGAGUUGAUUGCCCUUACUCUGCCACCUAUCUUGAUGCUGUUUAUUUAAUUGAAACUAUCAAACCAGAGGUGCGGAAGAACUCAAUUUGUGUCUUUGAGCAGAGUGUACAGACCCCUUUCCGACGUCAUUUUUCCAAUCUUCAGUCCCUCUAUUACGGGGGACUGGCUGGCUCUGCGCUAGUUAUGCGUUCAAUAGUUACCAUUGGUAACUAUGACUAUAUCUGGGAUUUUAUUUUUCAUCCAAAUGGUGCCAUUGAAAGCAAAGUCCGAGCCACUGGAUACAUAAUCUCAUCUUUCCUCUAUAGUGAUGGGCUGGAUUAUGGUAAUAGAGUUGCAGAUCACACACUUGGUACAAUCCAUACUCAUGUCAUCAACUACAAAGUUGAUUUAGAUGUUGGAGGUGUGAAAAAUUCCUUGGUUACCAAUGAUAUGGCCUUUGAGACAGUGAAGACUCCUUGGAAUCCAGACCAUGAGAUUCGGAGAAUGAAAAUGGUGAAAAAGGUCUUGGACACAGAAGAUAAGGCAGCCUUCCGGCUUAGCGAUAAGAUGCCAAGAUACAUAUAUUUUGCAGCAAACAGCACAAAUAAGUGGGGCCAUAAGCGUGGCUACCUGAUCCAGACAAUCAGCUUUGCUGGGGAUCAUCUCCCAGAGACAGAUCCAAUGGAGAGAGCCAUCAGUUGGGGCAGGUACAAGCUGGCUGUCACCAAGCGAAAGGAGGAAGAACCUUUCAGUAGCAGCAUCUAUAAUCAGAAUGACCCAUGGACACCUUCUGUUGCCUUUGCAGACUUCAUAAAUAAUGAGUCUGUUGUUGACGAGGUGAGUUAUUAUGUCCUGAGGGAAGGAAGGGGGGGAUAUUUCUCUUUUUCCAUGCAAACCCACACAGGGAUUGGGCAGGUGUGGCCCAUAACUCAUG